CCCCCGGUCGUCCCCCGUGGCCGGCGGAGGCUGAGGGGGGAGCGGCGGGAGGCCGCGGCCGACCCUCCGCCUCUUCAUCUCCUCCUCGUCGUCCGCCCGCGGGAGGGAAGGCCGUGGUCGUCGGCCCUCCUCUUCAUCGCCUCAUUAUCGUCUCCUCAUCGUCCGCCCGGCCGGGGGAGGGAAGGCCGUGGUCGUCGGCCCAUCGCCCCCUCCUCUUCAUCGUCUCUUCAUCGCCUCGUUAUCGUCUCCUCGUCGUCCGCCCGUGGGAGGGGAGGCCGUCGUCGUCGUCGUCGUCGGCCCGUCGCCUCCUUCUCUUCAUCUCCACUUCAUCUCCUCCUCAUCGUCCGCCCGUGGGAGGGGAGGCCGUCGUCGUCGACCCGUCGCCGCCUCCUCUUCAUCGCCUCGUUAUCGUCUCCUCGUCGUCCGCCCGUGGGAGGGGAGGCCGUCGUCGUCGUCGGCCCGUCGCCUCCUUCUCUUCAUCUCCUCCUCAUCGCCUCCUCAUCGUCCGCCCGUGGGAGGGGAGGCCGUCGUCGGCCCAUCUCCUCCUCCUCCUCCUCCUCUCCACCUCCUCUUCAUCGCCUCCUCCUCCCCACCUCCCCUUCAUCGCCUCCUCCUCUCCACCUCCUCUUCAUCGCCUCAUUAUCGUCUCCUCAUCGUCCGCCCCUGGGAGGGAAGGCCGUCGUCGGCCCGUCGCCUCCUCCUCUUCAUCUCCUCCUCACCGUCCGCCGGUGGGAGGGAAGGCCGUCGUGGUCGGCCCGUCUCCUCCUCCUCCUCUUCUUCAUCUCUUCUUCAUCGCCUCCUCAUCGUCGGCCGGGCCGUGGGAGGGAAGGCCGUCGUGGUGGGCCCCGCCCCGGCCUCGCCGCCCCGCCCCGCCUGCGCGGCCCAUGGCGGCGUUGGCCGACUCGUCGGGCUCCGGGGCCCCGCAGCCCCCGCCGGACCCCAACCCCUCCUCCGCCGUCGCCCCCUCCUCCGCCGUCCCCCCCUCCGGCCAGGCCCGCGGGCGGCACGAAAAGAGCCUGGGGCUCCUCACCGCCAAGUUCGUGUCGCUGCUGCAGGAGGCCAAGGACGGGGUCCUCGACCUGAAGGCGGCUGCAGAUACGUUGGCUGUGAGGCAAAAGAGAAGAAUCUAUGACAUCACAAAUGUUUUGGAAGGAAUUGAUUUGAUUGAAAAAAAGUCAAAAAACAGCAUCCAGUGGAAAGGGGUAGGUGCCGGCUGUAAUACCAAGGAAGUGAUAGACAGACUGAGAUAUCUCAAGGCAGAAAUUGAAGAUCUGGACCUGAAAGAGCGAGAAUUGGAUCAGCAAAAAUCCUGGCUCCAGCAAAGCAUCAAAAAUGUUAUGGACGACUCCACAAACAACAGGUUUUCCUAUGUAACUCAUGAAGAUAUUUGUAAUUGCUUUAAUGGAGACACACUUCUGACUAUUCAAGCACCUUCCGGUACCCAGCUAGAGGUACCAAUUCCUGAAAUGGGUCAAAAUGGACAAAAGAAAUACCAGAUCAAUCUAAAGAGCCAUUCGGGACCAAUCCACGUACUGCUGAUUAACAAAGAAUCCAGUUCCUCUAAGCCCGUGGUUUUUCCUGUUCCCCCGCCUGACGACCUCACCCAGCCUCCCUCUCAACCCCAAACCCCAGCCACUCCUCAGACUCCGAAUGCUGCUCCGAGUGCCCCUGAACACAACCUCUCCCGAGAACGUCUUCGGCAGACACCCGUUUCCAACACACCAUCAGACUGUAACCUGCAGCAGAACAGUGCCACUCCCACAUCCCCAUCUAGCCUGCCAGGGUCAGUGCUGUACACCAGUCUCGCAAUAGAUGUGACCCAGGCAUCAGCCAACGCAAAUGAGCCCCCUUCCCUGCUUCCUCUGGAUGUAAACUGUAUUCUAAAGCCAAACUCAUUUGACAUUGCAAAGAUGGAUGAUCCUGGAGGAGCUAUUAGUGGUGAUAUCAUUGAUGAAUUAAUGUCUUCUGAUGUGUUUCCUCUUUUACGGCUUUCCCCUACUCCUGCAGAUGACUACAACUUUAACUUGGACGAUAAUGAAGGAGUCUGUGAUCUCUUUGAUGUUCAGAUACUAAAUUAUUAGAUUCUGUGGCAAUUUGGACUGUUAUCUACCUCUAACUCUUAACAUUCUAGACUUCUUCAGAACCUAAAUAUUUAAAAUAAUGAAUGUAACAACUUUAGUUCUGACUGAGGAUUUUUUUCCCUUUUGCUUAUUUAGUUACUUCACAAAACUCCAACCAGAAUAAAAGGGCUCUGUUUCUUUAGGAGGAAAUGUUUUCAGAAUAAAAUUACAUUCAUCUAACUAAAGAGUUCUUAUUCCAAAUCCCUUUACUAUUUUUACAAGUGGGAGAAAAGUUACAAGCUAAAAAAGGACCCAGGCCUCUUGUCACUUAAAUGUUUUAAAUUUUUACUGCCACAAGGCUGUCCAUUUUUUCUUUGUGUCCCUCAGAUGCAAUCUUUGAACUUUCACUGCCACUUAGAGUGAAGGAUAUAAACUGGGAUGUGCCUGUUUCAGUGAACAAAUUUUGUGAAGUGCCUUCUGUUUAGCACUUUAAGUUUCUCACAUUUUGUUGACUUCUGACAUUCCACUUUCCUAGAUUUUAGGAAAGCUUUCUAUGUAGUUUAUAUUAAAAUGUGCCAAUGCCUGUACAUUAACAAGAUUUUUUAAUAAAAUAAAAUUGUACAAACA